GCUCAGUAUUUGUUUGUCGUUAGAAAUCGUCGGACAACCCAGCAGCAGCAGCAGCAGCAACACAGCAACCCAAGCAGUUCGUUCUCCCUCCCAGCGGGCAUCCCCAUUCAUCAAACAUUCAAAUUGGAAAUUUAGAAAAGUCGUGCCCGUGCCCACAAUAUGUCGCCCAACAGCAGCUCAGAGAAGCCGUUGAAUCCCAACGAGCACCUGACCAUACCCAAGUGGGUGAACGAGGAUUACUUCUUGCCAAUCCUCGAAAAGGAUGUGAAUGGCUUCGAUAAGAUUAUCAGCUUCACACCCAUAGCGGCCACGGCACCAGGGGAAAAUUAUACUUCCGUGAUGAUCCGAGUGCACAUCGAUGUGUUGCUGAAGGACGGCAGCAGGCAGGAACUGUCGUACAUCUUGAAGACGAUGCUGGAGUCCAGCGAGGGCGCGGAUGCCAUCAAUAUGAUGGGUCUGUUCCCCAAGGAGAAGCAAAUGUACGAAGUGCAUAUACCCCAGUUUGUGCAGCUCUACAAGGAGGCGGGUGUGGACAUUGAGCUGGCGCCAAAGUGUCUGCUCGUCGAUCAGACGGCCGAGGCCAUCAGCCUGGUCUUUGAGGAUCUGAGUCGGCAGAAGUUUGUGAACUGCGAUCGCCUCAAAGGCUUCGACAUGGAGCAUAUGCGUUGUGUGCUCCGAAAGUUGGCCGAAUUACAUGCCGCUUCGGUGCUGGUGUACGACCUUAACGGCCCCUACGACGAGCAGUACAACAAAUCCAUGUACAAUGAGGAUAGUCGUCCGCUAUUCGAGAAAAUGGGUGAGAUGCGUCAGGCGCAGUACAUCAGUGCCAUGCGCCAGUGGGGCCUCAAUGAUGCCGAGAAAUACAUUGAAAAGUAUUGGACUGGCGCUGAGUUUUUCGAUCUGGCACUGCAAGUCAAUAAGGUGGAUGAGAGCGACUUCAAUGUGCUGAACCACGGCGACUGCUGGUCCAACAACAUAAUGUUUAACUACAAGGAUAACGGCGAAGUGGACAGAACAAUCUUUGUGGAUCUGCAGAUUGGCAAAUGGGGCUCGCCCGCACAGGAUCUUUGGUAUUUGAUCUGCACAUCCGCCCAGCUGGAUAUCAAGGUCAAGGAAUUCGAUCAUUUCAUUCAGAUCUAUCACGAACGUCUGGCCGAGUGCUUAAAACUGCUCAAUUACUCCAAGCCCAUUCCCUCGCUGAGGGAUCUCCACAUUAUGAUGCUCAAGUAUGGCUUCUGGGGACCCCUAACCGCCAACGGUGUGAUGGUGGCCACCCUCAUGCCCUCCGAUAAGGAUUCAAAUGUCAAUACUAUGAUGGAUCCUGGUCCAAAAGGCGAUGCCAUGCGCACAAAAACAUUCACCAAUGUCUACUAUGUGGAGGCCAUGAGGCUGUUGCUUCCAUUCUUCGAAUUGAAGGGCCUUUUGAAGGAGUAGUUCUAGUAUGUUUCCUUCUUGUUAGUAUUAACCCACCUAAUCUGUUGUGAUAUUAUAAACUAUAUCAUAGGAAUGUGCAAUAAAUAAGAAAUUCUAUUUA